CAAUAUGGCAGACGCACCGACGUAUGCCUCAGUAGUCAACACACGUUCGUAAAUUCGUAAAACAUGGGUCGCGCUCUGUUCUCUGAGUGCAGAAAGACCGUCAUAUUGAAUUUCCGAUCAUACACAUAAACUGCCCAGGGGGGCACGAUGCAACCCGUUUACAAGUAUGGAAACUCCUAAAACAAGCCAGCCAGUCAUCUUCAACCCGGACUUCUUUGUCGAAAGGCUGAAACAAGAACAUCCGAGCGACUUCACGGAUCUGGUCCUGUCGCAUGUCACGCGACUCAUCGACCUCCCAGGAGAUGAGUUUGCCCAGCUCACCGGGGACUGUGAGCCUAGGCUGCCUUCUUCCGCUGGCCUCCUUCGAUCUUUCAACAUCCUCAAACGAAAAGAAAAAGGUGCAGUUUUUGGUGCACCCUUAACUGAAGAAGGGAUAGCACAGAUCUGUCAACUGAUUGAAUACCUGAGCAAAAACCUUCACAUCGAAGGGCUGUUUCGUGUGCCGGGCCACAGCCUCCGACAGGCCGCGCUGAGGGAAAUCCUGAAUGCUGGGGCAGAAAUAGAUCUCGACAUGGGAGACUUCCACCCCAAUGACGCCGCCUCGCUGCUAAAAGCCUUCCUAGGAGAGUUGCCUGAGCCCCUGCUAUUGCACAGACACUACCACGCCCACCUUAAAAUUGGAGAGUUGACUGUCUUUGACGAGAAAGGAGAUAAAACAAAUACUCCCGACAAGGAGCGGCAGAUAGAAGCCUAUCAGUUGCUUUUCAUGCUGCUGCCACCAGCCAACCGCAACCUUUUGAAGCUCCUGUUGGACCUGCUCUAUCAAACCGCGCGCAACCAGCACGUCAACAAAAUGUCCGCCAUCAAUCUAGCAACCAUGUUUGCGCCACAUAUUAUCUGGCCCAAAAAUGUGAUGGCAAGUGAUCUUCGGGGAAACAUUGAGAAACUAAACAAUGGCAUUGCCUUCCUCAUUAGGCACUCGCAAAAGCUGUUCAAGGCCCCUGCAUACAUCAAACAAUAUGCACAUGUAUACUUUACUGGAUGCAAAACUCUCCAAUCAAAGGUAAAAGAUGACCUGACGCUCCGCUCGGGGAGCGAAGAGCCCCCGGCUGUGCUCGAGCCCACAUCCAAUCUUUCUGAGACAAAGAUCGACGGCAACAGCUCAACAAAGUCACUUCAUACCGAGACAUACACUGAAUCAGCUCUCAGGGAACUUUACCAGCAAGUCAAUAACAUGCCCGAGUCUGCCAAGAAGAAGAAACUCAUCAGACAGCUUGAGAAGCAGCCUUUAAUGGCACCCUCAUCGGACCCCGGCUCGCCACUCGGCAGGAAGCACUGGCGAUCCCGCUCUUUGGGUGGGAUUAUUAAGGCAACGAAAAUGGCAAAGCACAGAGGCCUGGAGCCAGCUGCUCAGGUGACACCAGCAAUGGAGGGGCUGCAAUGCAAGGGACGAAACCUCCCAUCUAGCUGUGAACUGCGUUACUUUGUAAUGCUUCUUAAUUUGAAGAUUUAAAAUGUCUCAAAACGGUGGUUGCUAGAUUUUACUUCCGGGUAUUUUUUUUUUCUGUGGAUGGGUGUCCAGUUUGUUCUUCUCAGGAGUGAGUUUGCUACUUUCUAUUUACAUAUUCAGUCAACCAGCUAUUGCUAACCAUUUUCUUUAGAUUUUUGGGAGAGGUGUUGGGUCGAGUGAAGAAUGCAUAGCAACUGUUAUUUAAUUCCAAAAAAUAUUUAUUUAUGCUUUUGUUCAAUGACAAGGGACCAUUUCACAGAAAUGUUGCAUUAGAAGACCAGGGACGUGCCUUAAAAUUAUUUUCCCAAGUUACUCUUUCGAUGCAAUUUCUAUUUAACAAGAAGUUUAUGAAAAUUACACUUUUUGGAGUCUCCCAAACUUCAGAAUGUUAUUUAAUUUAAAUGGAGCUUGUGUAAAGAAUGCAAUUCAAGAUAUGAUGUCAUAGUCAAAUGCCAAAGGUCAAUGUCUCCAGAUUAUAUCCAGUGUUUCUUUUAUUGGGAAUUUAUAGAUGUGAAAUAUUUUUUAUACUUUUUUUAAUACAUUGUUUUACUACUGAGCCUUCAAUGGUACUUUCUGCUGUUUGGAUUAGUACAUUUAACUUUUUUUCUUUUGGUCUAAGCUGCUUUUUCUGCAGUUUUCAUCUCUAUUCCUUACAUACUUCUUUUUCAGCUGUGAAAGACUUCAUCAUUUUUUUUGUAUCGCAUGUUGAGGGCAAAUGAAGCCGUUUGUAAGUGAUUACUGUAAGUUAUUGAGCCACUGUUACUCGUGAAAAGUUCUUGUUUUGUCAGUUGUGAUUUUUUUUCAGUUUCGUUGCCACUUUGCCAAGCUGUUACA